AUGGAGGAGAAGCAACUAAAGAACGAGGCUGUGAAGGUAUGGCUGGAUGAUCUCAGAGACUUGAUUUAUGAUGUGGAUGACAUCUUGGACAAGGAAGGAAGGAGCGUCGUGAGCCUUACUUUGGGUACCAUUCAUGAAAUUUUCCCUAAACAUAAUCUCUCUAAGAAGUUAACAGGGUGGCUCUCCAAGUUACUUAGUGCUGCUGGGUGGGAGGUCCUAAUCAAGGAAGUUGCUCAGGCUAUCCCUCUUAGUCCUCGGAAUCAUGAUGAUAGAUGGAUUUGGAGUGGUGAUAAAAAGGGUCAAUUUAUAGUGAAAUCUGCAUACCAUAUUGCUAGAAGCAGAAUCCUUGAUGACCAUCAGGGAAUUCCUAAUUCUAGUGCAAUUCUAUGGAACCAAAUUUGGAAGGCUCCUGUACCAGGCAAUGUGCAAAUUUGUGCUUGGAAUGCGGCUUCAAAUAUUCUUCCUACGCGUAGCAGGCUCAGCCAAAAAGGUAUUGACAUUGAUACCCAAUGCACGUUUUGUGAGGAGGAAGUUGAAUCCCCUAUCCAUGCACUGCAUGAUUGUACUCAUGCAGCAAAGGUUGUGCCAAUGACUAUAGGCUGGUGGGCAGACUACAAAUCUGCACGUCUUUGUUCCGCUUCUCCUAUUGUUCAGGGAAGAACUUCUAGAUGGACAAAGCCUCCAGUUGGUUUUAUUAAAUUGAAUGUUGAUGCUGCAUUUGAUUUGGAAUCUGGGCUUACAGGUCUGGGCGGCAUUUUUAGCAAGAUGGCUAUUGAACACCAACUUACGCCAUUGAUCGUUGAAACUGACUGCAAGGAUUUGGCAUUGGCGAUUAAUGGAUCUUCCUUAGAUAAUUUCGAAUUGGGUUUUUUGCUUCAUGAUUUAAGAGACUUGCUGCACGAAGCUUUGGCAGCUAGAGUGGCUUUUGGUAGACGGACAACUAAUCAAGUGGCUCAUAUUCUGGCUCAGGAAGACAAGUUAGACCAGUUUGUGUUAGACUUUGAAAAUACAAGAACAGUUUCGGAGAACAAGGUACCCAACUCAGCAACAUCAAACUUCUUUUCAUAA